AGAUUUGCACCUAAAACCUACGAGGCGAUUUAUGUAAACCUUAUUUUAAUUUUCAAAUUUGGUUUGUUAAUAACUGGAACGAAUCUUGAUUUUUCCGGUAGCCUCGCAAAGCAGCCAAUCGUGACUUCUUUUUAGUGUCUCCCAAUUGCCGCCGUUCGCAUCUCCCGGCGGCAACCUUCCAUUUCAAUCCACUUUUCAAUACAAUCAAUGUCGGUGGCCCUGCUCUUCCUUCUCAGGUUUUAGCAUAAGGUGUGCUGGAAUUUGGGGAGAUGGAAGAGCCGGGGCAACUUAAAAGGGCGUUUAUUGAUGCGACGGCCGGUUCUAUCUCAGGAGCUAUAUCACGGACAGUCACUUCGCCACUAGAUGUUAUUAAAAUCCGGUUUCAGGUUCAACUGGAACCGACUUCUUCUUUUGCAUUGCUUAGCAAAAAUGUAUAUGGGGCCUCGAAAUAUACUGGAAUGAUUCAAGCAUCCAAAGACAUCUUUAGAGAGGAAGGCUUUUCAGGCUUUUGGCGUGGUAAUGUCCCAGCUCUUCUCAUGGUCAUGCCAUACACUGCUAUACAGUUCAUGGUUCUGCAUAAAGUGAAAACUUUUGCUUCUGGGUCCUCCAAGUCAGAAGAUCACAUUCAUUUAAGUCCAUAUCUGUCGUUCAUGAGUGGGGCCCUAGCCGGGUGUGCUGCUACAGUUGGUUCAUAUCCAUUUGAUCUGCUAAGAACCAUUUUAGCCUCACAGGGUGAGCCAAAGAUAUAUCCGAAUAUGAGGGCUGCAUUUGUUGACAUUAUGAACACACGUGGUUUUCGUGGGCUGUAUGCUGGAUUAUCACCUACACUAGUGGAGAUCAUUCCUUAUGCCGGGUUGCAGUUUGGUACUUAUGACACCUUCAAACGUUGGACCAUGGCAUGGAACAUACGCGGGCUAUCGGAUCCAACACAUGCUGAAGAGUCCCUGUCAAGCUUUCAGCUUUUUCUCUGCGGGCUUGCUGCAGGGUCAUGUGCCAAGGCUGUUUGCCAUCCACUUGAUGUUGUGAAGAAGCGGUUUCAGAUUGAAGGAUUGCAAAGGCAUCCGAGAUAUGGGGCGCGUGUUGAGGCAAAGGCGUAUAGGAACAUGUACGAUGCGCUUUCACGGAUCAUGCGGACAGAGGGAUGGGCUGGGCUUUACAAAGGGAUUGUGCCAUCCAUUGUGAAAGCUGCACCUGCUGGUGCUGUUACUUUUGUUGCUUAUGAAAGCCGAAAGUCAAGGGAUUCUGAUGGGAUUUAUAGCCUCAAUAAACUAUAG